CUGCCCCCGGCACUUCCUCGUCCCGGCGCGCUCCCCCGCCCCGGCCCCGAGUCCGCCGAGCGCUGGAGGGCCAGGCCUGGACCGGGGCUGGGCGCGGAGAGCGGGGCGGCGUGUGCCCGGGCCCCACGCGCAGCCAGGUGGGCACCACGGCAGGGCUUGAGCCACCCUCAUGGAAGGGAGAGGACCAUACCGGAUCUACGACCCAGGGGGCGGCGUGCCCCUGGGAGAGGCUUCCGCAGCCUUUGAGCGCCUAGUGGAGGAGAAUUCCCGACUGAAGGAAAAAAUGCAAGGGAUAAAGAUGUUAGGGGAGCUUUUGGAAGAGUCCCAAAUGGAAGCAUCCAGACUGCGGCAGAAGGCUGAGGAGCUGGUCAAAGACAGCGAUCUGCUCCCACCACCGUCUCCCUCUUUGACCUCCUUUGACCACCUGGCUGAGCUCACAGGAAAGGAUGCAGGUGUCCCAGCACCUCCUGCUGACCCUGCACACCCCAGUGACAAGUCACAGCUGGUCCCAAAACCUCCAUCCAGUGGCACCUCCUCUGAAUUUGAAGUGGUCGCCACUGAAGAGCAGAAAUCUCCACCCACGAAUGGUGGCCGCACCAGGAACACAAUGGAGUUGGGUCCCCUACCUCAUGAGGACAGCAACCUGUUGCUGCAUCUGCAGCGCCUGGAGACCACGCUGAGCGUGUGUGCUGAAGAACCGGACCGCAGCCAGCUCUUCAUGCACCUGGGCCGCAUGGCCCUCGAGUUCAACCGGCUGGCCUCCAAAGUGCACAAGAAUGAGCAGCGCACCUCCAUCCUGCAGACCCUGUGUGAACAGCUUCGGAAGGAGAAUGAGGCCUUGAAGGCCAAGCUGGACAAGGGCCUGGAACAGCGGGAUCAGGCUGCUGAGAGGCUGCGGGAGGAAAACAUGGAACUCAAGAAGUUGUUGAUGAGCUGUGGCAAAGACGAUGCUUGUGGGCAGCCAGGCUCACCAAAGAUAGAAGGCGUAGGCAAGAAGGGGGUGGCCGGACAGCAGCAGGCUUGUGUGACAGCAGCUAAGAUCCCAGAGGUGGGGGCCUUGGGUGCAGCUGAGAAGAAGGUGAAGAUGCUGGAGCAGCAGCGCACCGAGCUGCUCGAGGUGAACAAGCAAUGGGACCAGCACUUCCGGUCCAUGAAGCAGCAGUACGAGCAGAAGAUCACCGAGCUGCGCCAGAAGCUGGCGGACCUGCAGAAGCAGGUGACCGACCUGGAGGCCGAGCGGGAGCAGAAGCAGCGUGACUUUGACCGGAAGCUCCUCCUGGCCAAGUCCAAGAUUGAAAUGGAGGAGACCGACAAGGAGCAGCUGACAGCAGAGGCCAAGGAGCUGCGCCAGAAGGUCAAGUACCUGCAGGAUCAGCUGAGCCCACUCACCCGGCAGCGGGAGUACCAGGAAAAGGAGAUCCAGAGGCUCAACAAGGCCCUGGAGGAAGCACUGAGCAUCCAGGCCUCCCCCUCCUCUCCAUCAGCAUUUGGGGGUCCAGAAGGAGCUAGUGGCCUCCUAAGGAAACAGGAGCUGGUCACACAGAACGAAUUGCUGAAACAGCAGGUGAAGAUCUUUGAGGAGGACUUCCAGAGGGAGCGCAGUGAUCGAGAACGCAUGAAUGAGGAGAAGGAGGAGCUGAAGAAGCAGGUGGAGAAGCUGCAGGCCCAGGUCACCCUGUCCAAUGCCCAGCUAAAAGCAUUCAAAGAUGAGGAGAAGACAAAAGAAGCCCUCAAACAGCAGAAGAGGAAAGCCAAGGCCUCGGCGGAGCGCUACCACGUGGAACCCCACCCAGAGCACCUCUGCGGGGCCUACCCCUAUGCCUAUGCGCCCAUGCCACCUAUGGUGCCACACCACGGCUUUGAGGACUGGUCCCAGAUCCGCUACCCCCCACCCCCCGUGGCCAUGGAGCACCCACCCCCACUCCCAAACUCACGCCUCUUCCAUCUGCCAGAAUACACCUGGCGGCCGCCCUGUGGAGGGAUGCGCAAUCAGAGCUCCCAAGUGAUGGACUCGCCCACAGCCAGGCCUGUGGAACCAGAGUCUACGAAAAAUGACCGUGAGGGGCCUCAGUGAGACCAGAUUACGUCACUUGGCUCCACCUUAGUCAUGUAGAGCCACCUGAUCCCAGAUUAUGGAAAUCCAGAGGCUGUGUUCUCUGUGUAGCCAGAGCCUCGGCUGGAUGGGAAGCCAACGGGCCACUGGGCUGUGCCCCAGCCCAAUCUGAACUGUUUACACACUGGAGAGGCUCCACCCAGAAGGCUUCCAUUUGGGCCCCUCCUUUGGUGUGACCAGGAGAAACUCACUACCUUGCGACCAAGUGGAGAGAAGCCUGCCUCACCCGACCUUGACCUGCCAUGUUUGUGGAAUCACAAGGACAUCAGUCUCAAGAGUAGGGUAGCAGAUGAGACCCCUUCCUUUCAAAACUUCCCUGGAAAUGGUUCCAGCCCCUCUGAGGAACACGUUCAACUCAUGUGUGUGUUUAAUUUUUGCUUCAAGCUCUGUAGUAGCAGGACCUGCCCCAUGGCCAACCCUUCCCCUCUGAGGAGCUGUGGGAAGAGCGGGUUUGCUCCCAGAAGCAGAGGAGAACAACAGGGUGUUCUGUUGCAAGGCCCUCUGCUUCCACCCACGGCAGCCUUGCCAGCGCUAUGGCAGCCUGGGAUGGAGGCCAUGCUGGCCGCGUGGUCUGAGGGACCCACCGUGAAGCCACCAGACCCUCGGCCCCGCAGCUGGAGGCCUGUGUGCCAGAGGCCCAGAAUAAGGUGGCUGGCUAUGCCUGGGCGGCUGUUUGCACGAACCUUGGACAUAAAUCCAAGUUGAAGAUCA